UAUCGUUUUCAAUAUAAGACGAACAUCAUGUCACGGCUAUGUAUAGUUAUCAAGCAAUCUAGCAAAAGGAAACUAUAAUCGUAGAGUCGAAUUAAAACAAUGUUUAAUACAACAAAAUUAGUUUAUUUGAGUUUGGGGGUUGUAUUUAUUACUGUAUCAAUAGUAACAGCUAAAACUCGGUACCCGUUUGUUUUAGACGAGCGUUUCGUUUGCAAUAUAAAGCAGUCUUGUGUUGAAUGUUUAAAAUUGACUCAUUGUUCCUGGUGCGUGACUAAUAAUAGAUGUUUUUCGAAGGAACUUCCAACUUUUACAGAUUUUUGCAAGAAUGAUACUAUCGAUUUCAAAGAUAACGGAUUCAGUAUUGAAGAGAACGCGGAAUGCUCUUGCGGAAGUAGCAUAGAGGACAAUUGUCGUUGCAUCUGCAAUCCUAACUCGGACCCUGAACAUCCUACCAAGACUAUUGUUGGGGAAUAUUGCGAUUACGAUAAUUUCUCAUGUGUCGGCCGCCAUUGUAACGAAGGACCUUAUCCUCUAAGCCAAGCGAGAAACGAAGAGGACCCUAAUGUAGCAGACGUUGAACAACCAUCAGAAGUAAUUGAUUAAUUCCAUUGAGUUUCUUUUAAACUAAUUAUUUUUAAUUUGUAAGCCUCGAUCUAAAUACUUUCUUUCAUAAAAAAGUCGGUUUCGGGCAUUGAACCCAGGCAGUAGACAUGAUGUAUACCAAAUAUGGACUUAAAUGAACUAUACACAUUUGUAAGUUAAUAUUUAGAUAUUAAAUAGAUUUUUAAUAACUAGAUUUAUUAGGCAA